AUGUCUUCAAAUAAAUGGAAGACAGCGAUAAAAACGACGUUGAUUCUGUAUUUCAAAAAUGAUAGUGAAUACGUUUUAUACAAAUUAUUUGGUUCACAUUUACAAGAAAAAAUAAUAUUUGAUAAAUCAAGGCCACCAAUUGUUGAAGAAAUAUUCAAAGAAAUUUUUGAAAAAAAAGAGUCUAACAGACUAAAAAAGAAUAUUGAAAAUAUCGUGAAUAAUGGAUCAAAUGGAAUGAAGGUGGCUGCCAAACAGUUGCUCAGUAGUUUUAAGGAAAGUUUUAUUCGUUUUUCUAUAGUUAUUUCUUUCAGGGAGGAUUUAUACGACUAG